AUGGCUUCAGUUUGGAAACGACUGCAACGUGUGGGAAAGCAUGCAUCCAAGUUCCAAUUUGUGGCUUCAUACCAAGAAUUAAUGGUAGAGUGCACAAAGAAAUGGCAACCUGACAAGCUUGUAGUGGUUUGGACAAGAAGAAGCAGACGGAAAUCUUCCAAGGCUCAUAGCUGGCAACCAGGAAUUAAAAAUCCAUAUCGAGGAGUUGUGGUUUGGCCUGUUCCUGAAAACAUUGAAAUCACUGUGACUCUUUUCAAGGAUCCACAUGCUGAGGAAUUUGAAGAUAAAGAAUGGACUUUCGUUAUAGAAAAUGAGUCACCUUCAGGCCGUAGAAAAGCUCUUGCCACCAGUAGCAUUAACAUGAAACAGUAUGCAAGUCCGAUGCCUACACAGACUGAUGUAAAGCUGAAAUUCAAGCCUUUGUCUAAAAAAAUUGUUGCUGCCACAUUGCAGUUUUCUUUAUCAUGCAUUUUCUUGAGAGAAGGCAAAGCAACGGAUGAGGAUAUGCAAAGUCUGGCUAGUCUGAUGAGUAUGAAACAAGCUGAUAUUGGAAACUUAGAUGACUUUGAGGAAGAAAAUGAGGAAGAUGAUGAAAACCGAGUGAAUCAAGAGGAGAAGACAGCAAAAAUUACAGAGAUAGUAAACCAGUUGAAUGCUCUGAGCAGCUUAGAUGAAGAACAAGAUGACUACCUAAAACAAGCAAAUAAGCCUGCAGCUAAAUCAACCAGUUCUUCUGAAGAACUUAUCAAUAAACUCAAUAUUUUGGAAGAGGAGGAGGAGCCCCCUAUCACAAGACUCGACCCAUUUAGAGAGUUUGAUACUUCUGGACUGAAUCCUUUUGGAGACCCAGAUGAUGAUCCUGAUAUAGAAGAGAGAAAUAUUGGAACAAUGUCAGCCGCAAGACCAGAAGAAUCCUUCUACGAUAAUGAUCCUAACAAUCCUUUUAAUGAACAGUAUGAGAAUUCUCUCAAUCCCUUUGAUGUAUAUGAUCCUCAACCUGACAGGAUUAUUGAAAAUAGGAUAGAAGCAAUAGAACCACCUAAACCAAUGAAGAGGCAGAAUGUCAAACCUGUGGACAUGAGCAAGUACCUCUAUGCUGAUACAACAAAAACAGAGGAGGAGGAAUUAGAUGAAUCUAAUCCAUUCUACGAGCCGAAGGCUGUACAUUCUACAAGGUAUCAAACCUCAUUAGUGACAGCUUCAGUACAACAGGCCGAGACAGAAAAAAAGACAAAGAGGAAAGCACCAUCACCUCCAGCACCUGACAAUACAUCCACACCAAAGACAGAAACUGUAAAGGUGUACGUCAAACCAGCUACUGUGAUCGAUAUAUCCUCAUCACCAAAGCCGAGCCCAAUCCCAAGUCCUGUUCUGGGGAAAAAGCCAAACGCCACUCAGUCACUGCUUGCCUGGUGUAAAGAAGUAACAAAAAACUACAGAGGAGUGAAGAUCACAAAUUUCACGACAUCAUGGAGAAAUGGACUAGCUUUCUGUGCAAUUCUAAAUCAUUUCCGGUCAGACUUGAUUGACUACAAAUCUCUGAAUCCUCAGGAUAUUAAAGAAAACAACAAAAAGGCUUAUGAUGGCUUUGCAAGCUUGGGAAUAUCACGAUUAUUGGAGCCAGCAGAUAUGGUUUUAUUGGCUAUUCCAGAUAAACUGUCUGUUAUGACCUAUCUUUAUCAGAUAAGGGCACAUUUCAGUGGUGAAGAAUUGAAUGUGGUCCAGAUCGAAGAAAACAGCAGUAAAAGCAAAUAUAAAGUUGGUAACUUUGAAACUGACACAAACAGCUCCAUUGAUCAGGAGCAAUUUUAUGCAGAGAUAAAUGAUGUUAAACAUGAGGCAGCAGCACAACAACCAAGCAGUGGAUUAUUUGAUGCUUCAUCUCAGGAAGAUUGUACAUUCCUCAGUGAUGAUGUUGGUGAGUCAAAAAGUGAGCAACAGACUCCUGAUGACCUUCCGAAUAUAAGUGCAACAAUGCCUUUCUCACAAAGGACUAAAAAUGAUUCGAACUCUCAAAAGCAUUAUCCUGUCAAACAGAAUACUGCUAAAGGUUCUUUGCUGGAGGAUACCAGUGAAAGUGAAAGUACAGAGUCUACACCACUACAAGGACAAAUACCACCAUUAAACAAUAGAAAACUGCUGAAAGUAGACAUUUUAGAAUUUACUGACUCUUCAGAUAUUAGUAAUAAAAAAGAAUGUAAAUCACCAACACUUGAGCAUGAAGAUUAUUCAGGGAACACUAGCAGCAGCUCUGGACAUGAGAUGUUUCAGUAUUCAGACUCUGUUGAGAACAGAAGAUCAGAGCUGAGUUCUUCUGUUCGAAAAGCCACCCCAUCUCCAACCCAUAAAUUAGGGUUCUCUUAUAAUCGAGAUGCAGAUCUGAUCAAGAAGAAACAUGCAACAUUACGCUGCUCUGAAGUGGAUUCAUCAGAAAGUGUCAGUCCAAGUUCGAACCAUUCGGGCCAACAGAGCAAAAGCGUUGAACUUAACUCUUCCCAACAAGAGAGAGAAAUCACUGAAGAAAAGAGAAUGGCAACAAGACAGGAAGAACUGAAAGAGCGAGCAAGACUCCUUCUGGAACAGGCGAGGAGGGAUGCAGCUUUAAAAGGAGGAAGUAAACAGUCAGCUAUCCAAUCAGUAAUAUCAACUCGCAACAAACAGCUAAAUGAGCACCAAGAUGAAGAGCGACGUCGCCAGUUGAGAGAGAGAGCUCGUCAGCUAAUUGCAGAAGCUCGAUCUGGUGUUAAGAUGUCUGAUCUUCCCAGCUACAAUGAACUGAAUACUGAAAAGUUGAGAGAAAGAUCAAAGGCAGCUGGAGGUGAUACUAUUGGGGUAGAUAUUAAUGAGGAAGGCGCUGAAUGCUCUUUUUUGGGAGGUGGAGAGGAACAUACUAACAUUGAAAUUGACCUUGAUUCUUUUGGAACUCAGAACAGCAAAUCAGUUGACAUGAAGCUUAAGAAACUCAUGGAGGCUCAACCGCAGGUGGCAAAUUCACUAUCUACUGCUGUCCAGAAAGUCUCAGUUGACAGUGCAGAACAAGAAGAACUCAAGAAUGAAAUGGAGGAUCAUCGUGCUGAGCAUUUGCGUCAAGCCACCGAACGUUUGCGAGGUCCUGUGGUGUUCAAUAAAGAUUCAGCUGUGAGACGAACCCAUCUUCAGUCAUUUAGUCAGUAUGUGGAAAGCAGACCAGAGGUUAAAAGGCAAAGAUCAAUACAAGAAGAUGCAAAAAAAAGAAAUGAAGAAAGAACGGAAAUAUGUGAAACAACUCCGAGAAAGCCAGCAGAAGAUGAAGUAUUUGGUAAAGGGUUCAAAGACACGAGUCAGUAUGUUGUUGGAGAAUUGGCAGCAUUGGAGAAUGAGCAGAAGCAAAUUGACACACGGGCCGCAGUGGUGGAGAAGCGUCUUCGCUAUCUCAUGGACACAGGAAACAAUAAAGAGAAGGAAGAAGCUAUGAUGCAGGAGUGGUUUGUGUUGGUGAAUAAGAAGAAUGCCCUCAUACGGCGACAGAACCAACUUUCACUUCUGGAAAAAGAGCAUGAUCUUGAGAGACGCUUUGAGCUGUUAAAUCGAGAAUUACGAGCUAUGCUUGCAAUAGAAGACUGGCAGAAAACAGAAGCUCAAAAAAGACGUGAGCAGCUCUUGCUGGAUGAGCUAGUUAUUCUGGUCAACAAACGGGACGCACUUGUCCGAGAUUUAGAUGCACAGGAAAAACAGGCGGAGGAAGAAGAUGAACAUUUGGAACGAACGCUCGAACAAAAUAAAGGGAAAAUUGUUAAGAAAGAAGAUAAGUGUCUUCUUCAGUGAGAGAGAUACACGGGAGACCUCCCAUCAUUUAGAACACACCUUCACUCUCAUUUUAAUAAAUUCUUUGAUGGAUUUGAAUGAUAUCAUGUUCUAUGUAGAUCGUAAACUGUUGUAAUCUUUUCUGUUCAGAGCAUUUAAUCGUCCCAAGGCCGCGAGUCCGUGUAUAUGGCUGCAUUAUUAUGUCGUUUUUAUGAAAUUGUAUUUUGUAAAAAAGAAAGGCGCGUGUAAUUGUUUAUUUGUAACAGUGACAUUUAAUAUUUUAUCAGUUACAUUCGGGAAGCAUUCUCUCUUAAAGGAGGAUGAGAAAAAUCACCAAAUCGUUGCGAAUGUAGCAGGACUGUUCCUAAUUGUUUCCUAUUAACACUGACUCGACUUUCUGUUGAUGGGACUGAUCUGCCUGAAAUGGACAUUGGAUCAGUUUUUAGAGACUGUAACCCGGGCGGGGGAAGGGGUUGAGCGGCUUUUCCAAAAUCACUAUCAGUUGAGAAAAGGUUAAACCUCUUCAAGAAACAAGUUCGGAAUGUUUGAGCUUGCUAGUCGCUGCAUUUUCAAUAUCUAGGUUUAUUUCCAUUAAAUAUUUCAAAGUUCCAUUGGAGCUAAAAAGUCCGUUUUUUUUAAAUAUAAAUAGUUGGCUUUUACAGGGCAGCUAUGUUGUAAAUGAUAUUAUCUGAAGUUAGAUUUAGUUUAAACUCAGAAAAGGGCUGAUAACCUCGCACCGGUUCGUGCAGUCGGUUCAUUCUCUGAUGUUUUCUACAUUGUAUUUAUGACUCUGGACAGCGCGAGUUGCUUGUUUGAGCUUCAGGAAUUUUGCUAAAACGUUUUUGUUUGGCUCGAAAAUGCUUGUUGUUUGUCUUCCGAAAGCAAAAGCAGUUCUUUAGAAGAUCGGAAUCAUUUUCAGUAAUUUUCUCUGCACCAACCCGCCGUCAGACGAAGCUGCUGCUUGAAGGAAGAAAUAUUUCUGUUUAUUUAUUCCAGGACCAUCUCUGAAUCUUGAAUAAAAAGUGAACUUUGAAGCA